AUGGAGAAAUCUGGUUAUGGCCGCGACGGCGUCUACAGGUCGCUCCGGCCGUCCCUCGUGGUCCCCAGGAACCCCGACCUCUCCAUGGUCUCCUUCCUCUUCCGCAACUCCGCCUCCUACGCCGACAAGCCCGCCCUCGUCGACGCCGACACGGACGAGACCUUGACCUUCUCGCAGUUCGAAUCGACGGUGAUGAAGGUCGCGCACGGCCUGCUCAGCUUGGGCCUCAAGAAGAAAGACGUCGUGCUGAUCUUCUCCCCCAAUUCCGUUCAGUUCCCGCUCUGUUUCUUCGGGGUCGCUGCCAUCGGCGCCGUCGCCACCACCGCGAAUCCCCUGUACACGACGACCGAGCUGUCCAAGCAGGUCAAGGACUCUAACCCGAAGCUGAUCGUGACUGUCCCUGGAUUGUGGGAGAAAGUCAAGGACCUGAAUCUCCCGGCUGUGAUCUUGGGGAGUUCCAAGAGUGUACCUCCGCAGAUCUCGUCCAAAUCAAGAAUCUUGAGCUUCCACGAUCUGGUGAAUCUCGGGAAUGGCGCCUCCAGUUUCCCCCGGGUCAAUGUCAAGCAGAGCGACGUCGCGGCGCUCUUGUACUCCUCCGGCACGACGGGGACGAGCAAAGGCGUGAUCUUGACUCACGGGAACUUCAUCGCCGCAUCCCUGAUGGUGACCAUGGAUCAAGAAAUGGCGGGGGAGAUGCACCAUGUGUUCCUCUGUGUCCUGCCCAUGUUCCACGUGUUCGGGCUCGGGGUGAUCACUUACUCGCAGCUCCAGAAGGGGAACGCGCUCGUGUCGCUGGGGAGGUUCGAAUUUGACUCGGUCUUAAGGGUGGUCGAGAAGUACAGGAUCACGCAAUUGUGGGUUGUGCCCCCCAUUAUACUUGCUUUGGCUAAGCAGAGUGUGGUGAGGAAGUAUGACCUCUCGUCGUUGAAGCACAUUGGUUCCGGCGCUGCGCCUUUAGGGAAGGAUGUGAUGGAGGAUUGUGCUAAGAAUUUCCCUCAUGCCGUUGUGGCGCAGGGUUAUGGUAUGACAGAAACUUGCGCGAUCGUCUCUGUGGAGAAUACAAAUUUCGGCGUUCGGCAUACUGGUUCCGCCGGACAACUAGUUUCAGGAGUUGAAGCUCAAAUUAUCAGCGUGGAUACACUAAAGCCUCUUCCCCCUACUCAGUUAGGGGAAAUAUGGGUUCGUGGACCUAACAUGAUGAAAGGAUAUUAUAACAAUCCACAAGCAACUAAAUUGACAAUAGAUAACAAGGGUUGGGUGCACACCGGAGACCUUGGAUAUUUUGAUGAGGAAGGGCAACUAUAUGUUGUUGAUCGAAUCAAAGAGCUCAUCAAGUACAAAGGUUAUCAGAUUGCUCCAGCUGAGCUUGAAGGGCUCCUUCUCUCACAUUCUGGAAUUUUAGAUGCUGUUGUCAUUCCAUUUCCUGAUGCUGAAGCUGGUGAAGUUCCUAUUGCAUAUGUUGUUCGCUCAUCUACCAGCUCUCUAACUGAAGAGGAAGUCCAGAAAUUCAUUGCCGAUCAGGUUGCACCAUUCAAAAGACUAAGGAGGGUGACAUUCGUCAACAGCGUCCCAAAGUCCGCUUCUGGCAAAAUUCUGAGACGUGAGCUAAUUGCGAAAGUACGAGCGAAGAUAUAACUGUGUAUGCUC